AUUCGAUCACCAAACACCGACCAAAACAUUAUCGUACUCUUUUCAGUUGCAGAAUCGGCUCGGGAAGAAUCAAGUCGAGAACAGAGAGAGAGAGAAAGAGAUGGCGAGAGCUGAAGUACUGAGUGCGUACAGAUCUGUGCUGAGAGCGACCCGGAAGUCGUUCGCCGGAGACGAGCCUAUGCUGAAGGCGUCGGCAGCUGAGGCCCGCAAGAAAUUCGAUGAGAAUCGUCAUGUGAUGUCGGAGAAUGACAUCAAUAGGCUGCUGGAAGAGGCACGCGAAGCCUCCCAUUUCAUCUCCACCAUGAUCGUCCAGGCCAAGCUCAAUGAACGUGGCGGUUACGAGGUGAAACCGAGUAAAGAGCAUGCGGGAGCAACGCUUGAAGUUCCUUCAGAGGAAAUGCUUAAAAAAUCUGUAUGAUUUGUGAUUUCUUUUUGUAACGAUCUGGGGAAUUUUCCUGCACUUUCUCAUCUUUCACUAGGAUCUUCACUUUGUUGUUCAGAACAUAAAUUCACAGAAUAUGCAUUACGCUAUCUGAAUGAGUAUACUUGUUUUUUAUAAUUUUUCUUUUA